UUUGUUAAAUCUUAAUCCUUUUGUUGCAGUUCCAUAUGCAACUAUGCUAAUUUAAAAUGGGCAAGUCCCUGCUGUGCUGUUUUCUGAUUGGUCAAUUGCUGCUGUGUUGCCAUGGAGACCGGUAUCAAGGUGGAUCCCAUCACCCUAUUGGUCACUUGCCUGCCCUAUCAGGGGAGAUGAUCAGAUACGUAAACAACCUGAACACAACUUGGAAGGCCGGAUUUAACUUCCCAGGAAAGAACGCCUCUUUCGUCAAACUCCUUCUCGGGGGAAAGCUUACAACCUCAGUCCCAGAUGAUCACAGACUCCCCUUGAAGCCAAGAUCGGAUGUAGACGCAAAGGACAUUCCAGAGAACUUUGACUCGAUGACAAAAUGGCCGGAGUGUGACUCCAUGAAGAAGAUAUAUGACCAAGGAGCAUGUGGGGCUGGAUGGGCUUUUGGGGCGUUGGAGGCAAUGUCUGACCGCUACUGCGUUUUUUCUAACAUGAAGAAAGUCAACGUUACACUGUCGGAAGAGAAUCUCAUCUCGUGCUGUGGAACGCACUGUGGAUUUGGCUGCGAAGGUGGGUAUCCGUCCGCUGCCUGGCAAUAUUGGGUCAACACGGGUAUUGUGACCGAUGGGUGCCAGCCUUACACCUUCGACCCCUGCCGUCACGUCGGGGGUAGUGACGAGGGUUCGGAUGGGGGCGCGCCUGAGCCCACCUGUGCACCGGAGACGCAGACUCCAAAAUGCCACACCGAAUGCGGGAAGGGGUAUAACAAGAGCUACACCGACGACUUGCAUUUUGGGAAGUCAUCCUAUGCAAUUGAGGGCAGCGUGACACAAAUUCAGGAGGAACUCAUAAAUUUUGGGCCAGUGGAAACUUCCUUGAACGUCUUUGAAGAUUUUUUCAGCUAUAAAUCCGGUGUAUAUCAGCAUGUGGCAGGGGGUUUUGUUAACAGACAGUCAGUGAAAAUGUAUGGUUGGGGCGUCACGCCCGAUGGAGUGAAAUACUGGCUUGCGUCAAAUUCUUGGAACGACAGUUGGGGCGAAAAGGGUUUUUUCAAGAUUCUUCGAGGAACCAACGAAUGCGGGAUUGAAGAGGAUAUCUUUGCAGGAAUUCCGCAGUUAUGAGACAAAUUAUGAAGAGCCUAAAAGAAGAAAUUGUUUUUUUUCCCAAAUAAGGUACAUUUUAAUUUGACCAAAAUUUGACCAAAGUGUUGUCACUUAUUUAGCUAACUAAAUAUUUUUAUAAAUAUUUUCAUAAUUUGAGUUUAUUUGAUCAUGCAUGGACGGUUACUACUUAGAAUUCAGAAGGCACGAUAUUUUCCAGUAUAAACUCAAAAGGACGGCUUUUAAACAAAUCUGUCAAAAAUAUAUCAGUUUUCUAUGUAAGUCACUCAAUAUUAACACAUCACAAACAGAACUUUGACUCUGUGUAAAAAAAUCAAACCCAAACAAAAAUCAAUACAAAAUCUGUCUUUACCUAAAAUGCAUUUCUCCUACAU